UGGUUAGCAAGAUGAACAAAGAUGCGCAUAUGAGAGCAACGAUUAACCAAAAGUUGAUAGAAACUGGAGAAAGAGAACGCCUCAAAGAAUUGCUGAGAGCUAAAUUAAUUGAAUGUGGCUGGAAGGAUCAAUUGAAGGCACACUGUAAAGAGGCAAUUAAAGAAAAAGGACUAGAACACGCUACUGUUAAUGUCUUGGUGGCUGAAAUCACACCAAAAGGCAGAGCCCUAGUACCUGACAAUGUAGAGAAGGAGCUUCUACAAAGAAUAACAUUCCUUGCUCAGCAUGCCAGCCUUUAA